GAUGGAACACUCGGGUGAGCUGGAACGGCCAGGCCCACAGCUGUGAUGUCACAGAGCGCGUGAAGUCAGAGGUCCCAUGGGAGGGAAGAGGAGAAGACAGUGCCGGGAAGGGCUCUGCAGGGCAGCGCUCCUGGCCACCAUCCUGCUGCUGCUGCGGACAAGCGGGUUGAAGCUUCAGAAUGGGGGGAGCCCAGGCCCGGAGGAGACGAGCCAGAAAGAAGAAACACCUUCUCCAGGCCGGGGUCAGGGCGGGGACAGGGCAGGGGCAGGCCAUCAGUCCCUGCCCCUCUCCCGUGUUCCAGACCAGAAUCAAGAGCAGUAUGAAGAGCACUUUGUGGCCUCCUCGGUGGGCGAGACGUGGCAGGUGAUGGACAUGGCCCAGCAAGAGGAGGACAGGCCAUCCGAGACGGCAACUCUCCUCGACCACAUCUUUCACCUAGCCUUCUGCUUCAGUCUGGCCAGCGUCGUGAUUUUUUUAUGAGGGACAUUGAGGGCGAGGUGGUGGCCUGGCUCCUGGAUGAGGACCUGGAUUGCUACCUUCGCUAUCUGAUCACCUACUGACCCUCCCUCCGCUCACUGCCCCCAAAGGACACGCACACGCUGCCGCCUGCCCGUCUUCCAGCCGUGUCAGCUGCUGUCCCCACUGCCUGCCUGCCUCCUGGUGCUGGGAGACAGAGACCUGCUCCUUCUCUCUCCCACACCUCUCCUGGCUUUAUUCAGGGCAGCAGAUUAGAGGGAGGAGGUAGAGAUAACAAACCAGCAAUAAAAUCCUGAAAACAA